UUGUUCCAUUGUUCCUUUCGAAAGGGGAAUGAUUUGGUGGUGAUGGAGUGCUGCCACUGACAGAUGGACUCACAGGAAAGAAGUUCAGAAGAGGCAGAAGGAGCCAAAGAGAGAGGCCUGGUCUAUGUGUGGAAAGCUGGUUCCUGCUCCAUAACUCCAGAGAGACUUCCAGGCCUCAAUGGGAAGACGGUGUUGCAGGCAGCCCUUGGAGUAAAUCAUGGUUUACUUCUAACAGAAGGUGGAGAGGUCUACAGUUUUGGCAAACUUCCCUGGAGAACAGGAUCUGAGGAGUCAUGCACCAAUAGCCCCAUCUUAGAAAAUACUUUGCUUGGGCAGCAUGUUAUUACAGUGGCAGCUGGCAGCUUCCAUAACGGAGCCGUGACAGACGGUGGCGUGGUCUACAUGUGGGGAAACAAUUCUGCUGGCCAAUGUGCUGUUGCUAAUCAAGCUUACGUGCCAGAACCACAGCCCAUCAGUAUUUCUGAUUCUGAAACGAGCCCUCUGCUAUCGGUCAGGAUUUUGCAGCUGGCAUGUGGAGAGGAGCACACGCUGGCACUAUCGCUAAGCCGGGAGAUAUGGGCCUGGGGGAGUGGCUGCCAGCUGGGCCUCAUAACAACAACUUUCCCAGUGAUCAAGCCCCAGAAGGUGGAGCACCUGGCAGGGCGUGUUGUGCUCCAGGUUGCCUGCGGAGCUUUCCACAGCCUGGCUCUCGUACAGUGUCUCCCUGUGCAGGAGAUGAAGCCUAUCCCGGAGAGGUGCAAUCACUGCAGCCAGCUCCUCAUUACCAUGACGGACAAGGAAGAUCACGUAAUCAUAUCAGAUAGUCACUGUUGCCCACUGGGUGUAGCACUAGCUGGUACCCAAACAGAUAAUCUUCUUUCCUGUCCGUCGUUGGAGACCCUAGAAGGAAAAAGUGUGACAGGUAGCCAAAGUGAAGACAGUCAGAAGUGCGUUGUGGCAGAACAUACCCUUGUUGCUUUGGAAGCUGAUGGAGCAAGCUUGCUUUCCAGCAAUGAUGGACAGGAAGACAGCGGAAUCUCUAGUCCUGGGAAUAUUCUGUUCCCUGACAAAAAAGAAGUGAAGGAGUAUAGUUUAUCAGACAGCUCACUGAAUGAGAGCCUGGAGAAAAGCAUUGCUACAGAGCCUGAGCAGGCUUCUCAAGAACAACAACUUGGUGCUUGUGUCCCAGGCCCUCCAAGCACCAGCACAUCUGCUUUGAACAGCUUGGUGGCCUCUUGUGCAUCAGCAGUGGGGGUGAGAGUAGCUGCUACGUACGAAGCUGGAGCACUGUCUCUGAAGAAAGUCAUGAACUUCUAUGGCACAUCUUCAAGUGAAGCUGGGUCUCAGUCUGGCAGCAGUUCCACGGGGCCUGACAGCCUCAAAGACAGUCGAGAAGAGCAGGUCAGGCUGGAAUCCAUGCAAGGAAAGAAGAGUUCCAGCUUAGUAGAUAUUAGAGAGGAAGAAUCUGAAGGAGUGAGUCGAAGACUUUCCCUAACUGGCUUGUUGUCACAAGUUUCUCCUAGGCUCUUGCGGAAGGUGGGACGGGCAAAAAUGAGGACUGUAGCUCUGACCCCAACCUACAGUGGGGAAGCUGAUGCACUGUUACCAUCUCUAAGAACGGAGGUAUGGAGCUGGGGAAAGGGAAAAGAAGGACAACUAGGACAUGGUGAUGUUCUGCCAAGGCUUCAGCCACUAUGUGUGAAAAGUCUAGAUGGCAAAGAAGUGAUUCAACUGUCUGCUGGUGGCCAUCAUUCCUUAGCACUCACUGCCAAAUCCCAGGUGUAUUCAUGGGGCAGUAAUACCUCUGGCCAGCUUGGGCACUUCAGCUCCCCAACAACAGUCCCUCGUCUUGCAAAGGUGCUUGGUGAUGGUGUUUGGAGUAUGGCAGCAGGACCACAUUAUUCUCUCUUCUUAGCAGACGAGAAAGAUUUCCAGCCUGGAUUAUAUUAUGGUGGCCAGGAGACAACCACACAAGAUUAUUUAUUUGAAAAUAACUGUACAAAGGCUCCAGUUCUGCUUCUGUCCUGUAGUAAGAUAGGGUACAUAAGCAAUGUGAUAGCUGGCGGGGAAAGCUGUUUGGUCUUGGUAGACAAAAACAUAAUGGGGUAUAUUGCCAGUUUGCAUGAGUUGGCCUCUACUGAGAGGAGAUUCUAUUGUAAACUGAGUGAGAUCAAAUCUCAGGUUCUUAGACCUCUUCUAGGUUUAGAUAACUUGGGCAGUGCAAAUACAAUCCAGUUGUUGCAGGAAAUGGCAAGCAGAUUCAGCAAGCUCUGCUAUCUCAUUGGUCAACAUGGAGCUUCCCUAAGUAGUUUUCUUCGUGGAGUGAAAGAAGCCAGGAGCCUGGCCAUCCUGAAGCAUUCCAGUCUCUUCUUGGACAGUUACACUGAGUACUGCACUUCAGUAACAAACUUCCUGGUAAUGGGAGGAUUUAUGCUCCUCGCAAAGCCAGCAAUAGACUUCCUAAGUAAAAACCAGGAACUGUUGCAGAAACUGUCUGAGGUGAAUGAGGAGAACACGCAGCUAGUGGAAGUUCUAAAUGCUCUGUUUUUCAUGCCAUUUGGACGACUUCAUAAUUACGCUAGAACUUUGCUAAAGCUUGCUACGUGUUUUGAAGUGGCGUCUCCAGAAUACCAGAAGUUGCAGGACUGCAGUUCUUGUUACGAGAGCCUUGCUGUCCACCUUAGCAGGAAAAGGAAAGAAGCAGAGUACACUCUGGGCUUCUGGAGGACCUUUCCUGGGAAAAUGACGUGUUCUUGCUGUAGUCCUCCAGCUUCUGAAAGUAGCAACCGGGGGUUGUCCCUACAACAUGCUGGGAGGUUCUCCGUAAACUGGUUCAUCCUCUUUAAUGAUGCCCUGGUGCAUGCACAGUUCUCAACACACCAUAUCUUUCCCUUGUCCACACUGUGGGUAGAGGCUGUUUCAGAAGAAUCUGGUAAUGUGAAUGGUUUGAAGAUUACAACCCCAGAAGAACAGUUUGUUCUUCUUUCUUCAACACCACAGGAAAAGACCAAGUGGUUGAGGGCAAUAAGCCAAGCAGUGGAUCAGGCCCUUAAAGGGACUUCGGAUUUAAUUCUCCAUGGAGCUGCUGGUGGGAACAUUCAACGACAGGAACCUCCUAUAUCUCGUAGUGCCAAAUAUACCUUCUAUAAAGACCCUCGACUUAAAGAUGCCAUGUAUAACGGGAGGUGGCUUUCGGGGAAACCCCAUGGCAGAGGAAUCCUUAAGUGGGCAGAUGGCAGAAUGUACUCUGGGACUUUUCGAACUGGGCUGGAGGAUGGGUAUGGUGAAUACAGAGUGCCAAACAAAGCACUGAACAAGGAUGACCAUUACGUGGGUUACUGGAAGGAAGGCAAAAUGUGUGGGCAUGGAGUCUACAGCUAUGCAACUGGUGAGGUGUAUGAAGGGUGUUUUCAGGAUAACAUGCGUCAUGGACACGGCCUGCUGCGCAGCGGGAAGCUGACCUCUUCCUCUCCCAGUAUGUUCAUUGGCCAGUGGACGAUGGAUAAGAAGAAUGGUUAUGGAGUUUUUGAUGAUAUCACAAGAGGAGAAAAGUAUAUGGGAAUGUGGCAGGAUGAUCUCUGCCAAGGAAACGGUGUUGUGGUUACUCAGUUUGGACUGUACUAUGAAGGGGCCUUCAGCACCAACAAAAUGAUGGGGACUGGAAUUCUGCUUUCUGAGGAUGAUACAGUGUAUGAAGGGGAAUUUGCAGAUAACUGGACUCUGAGCGGAAAGGGAACACUGACUUUGCCCAAUGGAGAUUAUAUUGAAGGUCUCUUCAGUGGAGAAUGGGGAUCUGGAAUAAAAAUCACUGGAACCUACUUCAAACCUAGCUUAUAUGAGAGUGAGAAGGACAAACCCAAAGCCUUGCGGAAACUCGGGGUUUUGUCAGUGCCCCCUGAUGAGAAGUGGAAGGCUGUAUUUGAGGAGUGCUGGAAUCAGCUGGGCUGCGAGAUUCCUGGCCAGGGGGACAGAUGGAAGGCUUGGGACAACAUUGCCGUGGCCCUGACCACCAACCGACGGCAGCACAAAGACAGCCCAGAAUUAUUGAGUCGUUCACAUACACAGACACUGGAAAGUUUGGAGUUCAUUCCACAACACAUUGGUGCCUUCACCCUGGAAAAAUAUGAAAAUAUCAAAAAAUAUUUGAUAAAGGCUUGUGAUACCCCCCUCCAUCCUUUGGGGAAACUGGUGGAGACACUGGUAGCUGUCUACAGAAUGACCUAUGUUGGAGUAGGAGCUAAUCGACGGUUACUGCAGGAGGCUGUAAGAGAAAUAAAGUCCUACCUCAAACGCAUCUUUCAGUUGGUCAGGUUCUUGUUUCCUGAUCUGCCAGAAGAGGGUAGCACAAUUCCAUUUUUGGGGACAGAGACAAAGGGAAGGCGAUCCUUCUGCAGUGGGAAAUCAGAUUCCAGAUCAGAAUCUCCUGAACCAGGCUACGUUGUAACCAGUUUUGGCCUGCUGCUCCCUGUAUUAUUGCCCCGACUCUACCCGCCUCUGUUUAUGCUGUACGCUCUAGACAAUGAGCGCGAGGAAGAUGUUUACUGGGAAUGUGUUUUACGUCUGAACAAACAAACUGAUACAGCUCUCCUAAGUUUUCUUGGGGUGCAGGCGAAAUUUUGGCCGGGAACUGUAUCCAUCCUUGGAGAGAUUAGGAACGUAUCACCAACUACAAAAGAUGCUUGCUUUGCCUCUGCAGUUGAAUGUUUACAGCAAAUCAGUACUACCUUCACCCCAGCUGACAAAUUGAAGGUGAUCCAACAAACCUUUGAAGAGAUCUCUCAGAAUGUACUUGAGACUCUUCAGGAAGACUUUCUGUGGUCUAUGGAUGACUUAUUUCCUGUAUUUCUCUACGUGGUGCUACGAGCCAGGAUAAGGAAUUUGGGGUCUGAAGUACACUUAAUUGAAGACCUGAUGGAUCCUUAUCUCCAGCAUGGGGAACAAGGCAUCAUGUUCACUACAUUGAAGGCAUGUUACUACCAGAUUCAACACGAAAAACUUACUUAGAUCACCAUCAUUUGUAACGUGGCUCUGUGGAAUAAUCUGCUGAG